AUGUUAAUCGAAGACAUUCUAGGUCCGGUCGAGGGCAUGAAAGUUUUGAUUUUGGACGAUUUCACCACUCGUAUGAUCGCGAACAUAAUGCGAAUGUCCGAACUGAGCACUCUGUAUAACAUAGCUUCGGUGCAGUACGUAACAUCAGUACCAACUGGCCGAAGAGGAGACUUUUCGGCUGUUUACUUCAUGAUGCCAACUGAACCGAAUAUCAAAAAAUACAUCGAUGACUUCUCAUUGAACCCUUGCCCUUACAGCAAAGGCUAUAUUUUCCUAACCAACACUUGUCCCGAUUCACUUUUCACGAUGCUGAAAAAAGCCAGAAGUCCCGUCAAAAAAUUAAAAGGUUUCGAGGAGCUCUACUGCGAGUAUAUUUGUUACAGUGAAAAUGCGUUUAGUCUCGAAGACCCAAGUCACUUCAAUUUACAUUUCAACCCCAAAAAAGUACACGAACGUGGGUACCUAAACAUGAAAAUAGCCGCAAAAUUAGUCACAAUAUGCGUACAGAUGAAACACUACCCCAGUCAAAUCCGAUACUUCGGAACUGGUUGCGGAACAGCCAAUAAUGAAAUCGCUACUCAUUUCAAGCGCAGCCUAAGUCACUUCAAACUCGAAAACAGUAACUUUCACUGGAAAUCUGUUAACUCUACGUUGCUAAUAGUAGACCGAGGUUUCGAUACUAUAACUCCAGUUAUUCACGACUUGACUACCGAGGCACUAGCUCGAGAUUUUCUAGGAAUCGAUGUCGAAGGAAACGCUGACCAAAAAGACCGACGGGAAUCUUACUGUCCGAACCAGUAUGUUUACACUGUAAAAACAGGCGCCGACUCCGAGAAAAUUGAAAGGCGGGCAUUUUUGGAUGACAGUAACUUUUUGUGGUCUAAAAUCAGAUUCAUGAAUAUCAAAGAAGCUGUCAACUUCAUGCGAUCCGAAAUCGACGCACUGCAAAACCAGGAACAGCUGGAACAUGGGAAAGUAAAAGAUCUUGACUUGACAAAAUUGAAUCAAAUGAUGAAAAUGUACCCAGAGCAACAAAAGAAAAAAGCCCAGAUUGGGGCACUUUCUUACGUUUUAGACGCUACACUUCAAAGUUUUGCACGGGAGCAGAUUGAAUGUGAACAAACUUUGGCUACCAACUGCAGUAAAAAACCCAAAGAGGGUCGAAACUGGAAGCUCGUUUCCGAGUUGUUGAAAAAAGACGCUAAGGGCGAGUUGAACAAUGCUCUGACAAUUCACGAGAAAAUUCGACUGCUAAUACUUUACGCUCGGUCGAAAGCGACAGUGAACGGGCUUUCUCUGAGAGAACUAAAAAGUAGAAUGUUAGAAUGCGAUGUUACUGUUGAGUAUUUGACAAUAAUUACCAACUUAUGUUAUAUGGGUGUUCCGAUUUUGAACCAAGACUCGCAAUGGGAAAAUUACGAGGACCAAGCUCGGGAUUGGAGGCUAUGGCCAGUGGCAGAUAAAGAUACCGGGGGGAAAACUGUACGACCUGAUCAAAUGCCCGAAUUUAUCAAAUGGUGUCCGACUAUUUAUCACUUAGUUAAAACAAUGAUUGAGAGUCCCAAAGAUAUGUUAGACCGCUAUCCUUUGAUAGAGAUCAGGAAUAGACCUGUAGUUAAACGUAAAAGAAGAAAGAAGUCAAGGUCUAAAAGGUCUUUGAGGUCCCAACGAACUGUCACUACCGCUGAGUCGUCGUACAAGUACGUGUACGACUGCAACGAUUACGAAUUUCUGGAGCGAGAGUUUAAAUCUUCUUUUAUUGUUUUCGUAGCAGGAGGUUUGACUUAUGGUGAAAUAAAAUUGGCGAAAAUUCUCACCGACUUGUACAAGGGGAACCAGGAAGUUGCUGUUAUCUUUGGGUCAACGCAAAUUUUGAAUCCCGAUGACUUCAUUGAAAAGCUGCAUAAUUUGAACCCCGAUGAACCCAAAUAUAAGGGAGAGGACAAACAGUUUGUCGUCGCAGAGAGCAACUAUUAUGACAGAAAGUAA